AUAGUAGUAUAAGUAGUAUAUGUAGUCCCAUGAAAGCAUGGGAAAACGACAAGGACAGUGUACGAUGGAGUGUGACGGCGAUGUAGAAUGUAGAUGACGGAGACAGGAACAAGCAAUGAUUGUGAUCUGCUAAGAUAUUUAUUUACAAGGAAGAGAAUUAAGAUGGAUAAUUAUAAAUAGAGAGCAGUGUUUUCUGGAUACAGAAAAAGUGUCAUGUUUAUCAUUCCCCAAACUUCGUAUCUCCAUUGUUUUACUAAUUCUUCUAUUUCAUUUAGGGUUCUGUUUUGGCGAUCAGGUUCUCGUAGCCGCUCUUAAGGUAAAAAGGACAAACUGGGCUGCAUUCAUUUAUUUUCUCUUCCGACAUUCACGUCUGGAUCACAGUGCCGUAUAAAUGAGUUUGGAGGGGACAGAAAGUUCAGAAGAUGGUGCGGGUUAUCUGGAGCCUCCUGAUCCUGACUUUGUUGAAAUUGAUCCAACUUGCACCUACAUCAAGUACAAAGAAGUGAUCGGCAGAGGAGCUUUUAAAACUGUUUACAAGGCAUUUGAUGGAGUCAAUGGAGUUGAAGUUGCGUGGAGUCAGGUUCAGAUUGAUGACUUGUUGCAAUCCCCCGGUGACUUAGAUAGGCUAUAUUCAGAAUUACACCUCUUGAGAUCACUGAAGCACCAUAACAUAGUAAGAUUCUACGAUUCCUGGAUUGAUGACAGGCGCAGGACCGUUAAUAUGAUUACGGAGUUGUUUACCUCGGGUAGCCUCAAAAAGUUUCGUCAAAAACACAAGAAGGUCGACUUGAAGGCCGUUAAAGGAUGGGCAAGACAAAUUUUAAUGGGUCUAAGCUAUCUCCACGGUCACAACCCACCAGUUAUUCACAGGGACCUGAAAUGUGAUAAUAUAUUUAUCAAUGGUCACCAAGGAGAAGUUAAAAUUGGAGAUCUUGGGCUAGCAACUUUCUUGAAUCGAAGUAAUGCCAAGAGUGUUAUUGGAACCCCGGAGUUUAUGGCACCCGAGCUGUAUGAUGAAAAUUACAACGAAUUAGCUGACAUAUAUUCCUUUGGCAUGUGCAUCCUUGAGUUGGUGACCUCUGAGUAUCCUUACAGCGAAUGCAGAAACUCAGCUCAGAUAUACAAGAAAGUUUCAUCCGGUAUAAAACCUGCUUCGCUUUCUAAAGUGAAAGAUCCAGAAAUGAAAUCAUUUAUUGAGAAAUGUCUAGUCCCAGCAUCUCAAAGAUUGUCAGCCAAGGAGCUUCUGAUGGACCCAUUUCUUCAAAUAAAUGCUUCAAUAAAGAAGGGUCCUUCUCCAUUGCGGCAUAUUGUUCUUCCCAAAUUGGGAGCCUCUGAAAGUCGUUGUAUGGUGUCAGAAGGUCCUUCUAGUGCUCGUAAUGGAGACAUUCCAAUGGAUCUUGGUGACACAUGUGAGCUUCCAGCGAUCACUAUAUUUGACAAAUCCACUGAUGAUGCAUCACGUUCUACAAGUGUUGAGAUAAGAAGGCAGAAAAGAGGUGAUAUUUUCUUCCUAAAAGGUGAAGAACAUGAUAAGAACUCUGUAUCAUUGGUUCUGCGGAUAGCUGAUCAAGGAGGGCGAGCAAGAAAUAUCCAUUUCGUUUUCUACCUUGACAGUGACACUGCUGUCUCAGUUUCAAGCGAAAUGGUUGAGCAACUUGAGCUUGCUGAUCAGAAUGUUAAAUUCAUAGCUGAGUUAAUAGAUUUGUUAUUGAUGAAUCUGAUUGCUGACUGGAAACCCUGUGUAGCAAUUGAUCACUUGGUUUCUCCUAGUAAUAAACAAACUCAUGUGAGCCAACGGGGAGAAUUGGAGUUAGCAAAAUGCACAGGCAGCUCAAAAGAUUGGACUGAAGAUUUAGGUCCCUCUACCUCCUCUGCAAUAUUAGCUACAAAAGGAAACCUUGACAAUAUGGAUAUCGAUGGGGCUUUAUCUGACGAGUGCAGUGGUCUUCAGAAAGCAACCAAGGCAGAUGAUCUAUGCUCUGAGAAGUCGUAUGCAUCUGCAACAACUGACUUCAAUGAUAAUAAGUUUUCCACGGUUUCAUUUAUGUCUGCUAAAUCAGAAUUUGAUGGAGGGAGUAAAUCCUCACCUACAUCUGAAAUUGGGGCAUCAUAUGAUCGUAAGAGCAAGUUUUUGGACAUGAAAGGCUUCUCCAAUAUUCUGAACAUCGCUUCCUCCUCGUCUGAAGCUGAGGGUGAGUUGAAAUUAGAGUUACAAAUGAUUGAACAGAAGUAUCAAGAGGCAAUGAAUGAUUUAUCCCAAAGAAGAUACCAGGCCAUCUUGGAUAUUAGAAGGAGAAUGUCACAAAAGAUGGUCUCGUAGUGUAGUUUCAAUAGAUUUUGAGGCGAGGGAUAUAUCAGGUUUUACUAGUCUUUUUAAUAGUCUUACCUGCUGUGUUGUGUCCCAUCCUUUCUCUCUCACGCCGGUGAAGUUCAAAUGUAAAUACUGCGGUGUGAUUCAAUGUUUCUUGUUAUGGCACUUGGCAACAAGUUUUCUUUUCAUGGAUAUAGAGUUCCUCUGCUCUAUUCAAAUUCAAUUUUAAUAA